CAUCCACUCACCCACGCAAAGUCCCAUCACAUUUUUAUAAUCAAAAUUGGAGCAUCUUCUCCUUCGAACUGCACGGUGAUUCCUCUCUGUCUGGAUCUGCCCAACCUCCGUUGAAAUCCUCUCUCUCUCUCUCUCUCUCCAACUCCGCCCCUCUUCCAUGGCAACUCUUUUCCGGCUACCCCCGCCUCCUCUUCAAUAUCCCUCCGCUUCCAAAAUCCCCAAUUCUCCAUUCUCUCCUCCACUUCCCCUUUCCCGAAGAAUCCACCGCCCAAAGUUCGGUAACUUCCUGGACUUGACCCCCCAAUCGGCACCAGUCUCUCUUGACUUCGAUCUCCCCUUUGCCGAUCCCUCCAGCCGCCGCCGCCCCGAUGUCAUCGUCAUCGGCGCCGGCCCUGCCGGCCUCCGCCUCGCCGAGAGGGUGGCCGGCUACGGAAUCCAAGUUUACUGCGUUGAUCCCUCCCCACUCUCUAUGUGGCCGAACAAUUAUGGAGCCUGGGUUGAUGAGUUUCAGAGCCUGGGGCUGGACCAUUGCUUGGACAAGACCUGGCCAAUGGCUUGUGUUUAUGUGAAUGAUCACAAGACCAGGUUCUUGGACCGGCCCUACGGCAGAGUCAACAGAAAGGCCCUGAAGAUGGACUUGUUGCAGGGCUGCGUUUCCAAUGGUGUUAAAUUUCACAGGGCCAAAGUUUGGGGAGUGAAGCAUCAGGAGUUUGAGUCCGCAGUGGUAUGUAGCGAUGGGAGUGAAUUGAAGGCCAGUUUGGUUGUUGAUGCCAGUGGAUUUUCCAGUGGUUUCAUAGAGUAUGGCAAGCCAAGAAACCAUGGUUUUCAGAUAGCUCAUGGGAUUUUGGCUGAGGUUGAAAGCCACCCGUUUGAUUUGGACAAGAUGGUUCUGAUGGAUUGGAGGGAUUCUCAUCUGGGCAAUGAGCCAUAUCUCAGGGCUAGUAACUCCAAAUUGCCGACCUUCUUGUACGCAAUGCCGUUUGACGAGAAGUUGGUGUUUUUGGAAGAGACUUCACUGGUUAGCAGGCCGGUUUUGCCGUACAUGGAGGUGAAGAGGAGGAUGGUGGCAAGGCUUAGGCAUCUGGGGAUUAGAGUGAAGGCCGUGGUGGAGGUUGAGAAGUGCUUGAUACCAAUGGGGGGGCCUCUGCCGGACAUCCCCCAGGGCGUGGCGGCGAUUGGUGGGUCAGCCGGGCUGGUCCACCCCGCCACCGGGUACAUGGUAGCGCGGUCCCUGGCUGCAGCCCCGGCAUUGGCUGACGCCAUCGCCGAAUGCCUUGGCUCGACCCGGAUGAUCAGGGGAAGGCCCCUGCGGCAGAAGGCAUGGGAUGGGCUGUGGCCGGCUGAGAAGAGGAGGAUAAGGGAAUUCUACUGCUUCGGGAUGGAGACAUUGCUGAAGCUUGAUUUGAACGGGACAAGGAGGUUUUUUGAUGCUUUCUUUGAUUUGGAUGCUUACUACUGGCAAGGCUUUCUGUCCUCGAGAUUGAGCCUGGGAGAGCUGGGGAUGCUGAGCUUGUCCCUGUUUGGGCACGCUUCCAAUCCUUCCAGGCUUGAUAUUGUCACAAAGUGCCCCGCUCCAUUGGCUAGAAUGGUGGGCAAUCUUGCCCUCGAGGCUAUUUAGUUUUGAAGGCGUGGUGGGGUGAAGAAUGUGGCAUGUUUUGUUUGAUUGAACACACAGGAAUUCAUCAAAAUGUUUACAAUCAAUCUUCUGUUUAUCUAAAAGUAACCUUGUUUUUA